AUGUCCUACGUCCCCACUCCUACCGUAGAUGACCUCAGCAUCCUUUGUCCUGACCUUCGAGACUUUAUCGCAUCAUUUCCGAAAACAAUAGAGACUGCGACAAGUGCGCGGGCGGCAAUGAAAGCAAUGCGUAGCAUUCCCCCUCCUCGACCCUACGACAAUCCCAACUUAGAUCGACUAGACCUCCAGAUUUCGAGUCCAAACGCUUCUCUCGACCAACCACCGGUCACCGUAAGGAUAUGGAAACCAAAGAGCGGAGGCGAGAAAGAGCCACUUCCCUGUGUACUCUGGAUGCAUCACGGUGGCCUCUUCUCCGCGGGGCCUCGACGCUUGGACAACUUCUGCGGGAGGCUUGCGAUAGAGGCUCACGUAAUCGUCGUUUGUCCUGCUGUUCGUCAAACUCCACAAUACCAGUUCCCCGCUCCGCUCGAAGACGCGUACGAGACCUUCCGCUGGCUUGCAACGUCGCCUGAGAGUAGCGAACUUGGAGUAGACCAGAGGAAUCUAGCGCUGGCUGGGUCGUCCAUAGGAGGUACGAUGGCGGCUGGCAUGUGUCUUCGUUUGCGAGAUGAGGGCAACACGGAUGCCCUGAAACUCCUCAUUCUCGACGACGCCGCCGUGACAAACAUCCGGAGCACAUACUCCUCCACGUUCAACCCCAUAAACAGGAUCUGGAACGCAAACUUGACCAACUAUAUGUGGCAGUUCUACCUUCCUGCCGACGCAUUGACUCCGAAGGCUCAAGAAUACGCCGUUCCGGGACGAGCCAAGAAUUUGGCUGGCAUCGCUCCUCGUACACUGAUAUUAUGCGCCGAAUGGGACGACUUACGCGACGACCUGAUCAUCUUUGGAUCCCGAUUGCUUCAAGCUGGAGUGCCGACAGAGAUUCAUACGUACCGUGGGACAUUCCACGUUUCCGACAAGCUCAUUCCCAAUGCCAAGGCAAGUAUUCAGAAGCUGAGAGAUGUUGUAGAGGCCUUGAAAGCGGCGUUUUCUUCGAAAAGGCUUUGA